AGGAGAUAAUUCAAAUUCUAUGUCUGGAAAUAAGCGACUACGAAGCCGACAUGAUUGCCAAGAAAUUCGAAAACAAAAAAGAUGGAAGGUAAAGUUUCUUAUCACAGGUUUUCACUUGAUACAGGUUGUAAAAUGAUACGAACUUUAUUUUAAAUCACCAUUCUUAUAUUUAGAGUGAACUAUAUUUCAUUUCUCGAGCCAUUUGCACGUCGUCGACGACGUUAUGGCACGAACAUGCAGGGUAUCAUGAACCAACGCGAGUCUGAGGUAUGCUUUGAUGCAAAACGAUAUAACCCAUCUUAUUUUAUAAUAAAAUUAUGGACUAAAACUCAAACUAACACGCUAUAUAUCUUUGUUUCUUUUUAGCUUUCAGACACCGACAAAGAAUUGUCAAGUUUAACAGCCAAACUAAAAGAAAAGGUGAUUUAUUGUAGUAUGAAGAUAAAACCAUUUUGUCACAAAAAUUAUAAAUGAAACUAACUUCAUUUAUAUUGACAGCCCUAUCAGUUCAAAAUUGUUCUUCUUAGAGGCCCAGUAAGAGUCAUGUCUUACUUAUCCAAUGGCAAUGUUACUACAGGAGGAAACCUAAGCUAAACUAACUUUAUUUAUAUAUAUUUGGCAGCUCUAUCAGUUCUAAACUGAAUCUGAAUUUAUUAUGUCGGUAAAUUCAUGUCAAGAUCACACCAAGAGGUCCAGUAAGGAUCAUCUCUUAUUGAUCCAGUGUUACAACAGGAGGAAACCUAAACUAAACUAACUUUAUUUAUACUGAAUAGCUGUAUUAGUUCUAAACUGUUCUCCCUAGAGUUCCAGUAAGGAUCAUCUCUUAUUGAUUCAUUGUUACUACAGGAAGAAGCCUAAACUAAACUAACUUUAUUUAUACUGGAUAGCUCUAUCAGUUCUAAACUGUUCUUCCUAGAGGUCCAGUAAGGAUCAUCUCUUAUUGAUCCAGUGUUACAACAGGAGGAAACCUAAACUAAACUAACUUUAUUUAUACUGAAUAGCUCUAUCAGUUCUAAACUGUUCUUCCCAGAGGUCCAGUAAGGCUCAUCUCUUAUUGAUCCAGUGUUACAACAGGAAGCCUAAACUAAACUAACUUUAUUUAUACUGGAUAGCUCUAUCAGUUCUAUAAACUGUUCUCUUUUUUCAUAUCUAGUUAUCAGAUGACUGGAUGACAUUACGGCGAGCGUUCAAGAAACUCGACAAACGAAACGACGGUUACCUAGAUCUGUCAGAAUUUCGCUCGGUACUACAACUAUGUAAUACAGUGUUGAACGAGGACGAAGUGUUGGAACUGUUGACACAACUUGACGACAGAAUGGAGGGCAAGAUUAACUAUCGAGAUUUUUUGAAGAAAAUUUCACGAUGAACAGUCGAACGCGAACGAAUACUUGAAAACAGAAAUUAUUGUGGACAGCGCGCGCGUAAAAUGAAAAUGCAUGCUUUGUGAUCACAAAACUGUUCCUGCUCCCCCCGUCUUUCAAUGUUUCACAGUGACAUACAAUAUCAAAACCAGCAUUGUACGGGGGAGCGGGGGUUCCAAACAUGGCAACAUGUGCAUAUGAACAGUCAUGUUCAGUUUUCAGCGAAGUGUCCAGCUAAUUUUUGUCAUGAUUGUGGCUAAAUAGCUACGUUUCCACUAUACCUGAUAGCUAGCUUUCCUUAGCGGCGCGAAAAAGCACCUAUGCGAUACGGAAUGUUCAACUUUCAGAAGCUGAGCGAAACAACAUCUCUCCGUUGAAAAUAGCGUUCGUAAAAGGUAUGGAUAGAUGCUUUUCACGUCGCUACUGAAAGCAAUCCGCUGCCGGCAGUGUAAACCGGUAGCCUAUAUGUGAUACUACACGCUAAAAAUUUCAGGUUUUGUCAACAGUAUGUGAUCGCGACAGAUAUCAACCGUAUUUGUAUAUAGAUGCGUUUAAAAUUGUGAAAAGGAUCUGGUGGGGAGCCUUGUAUAUUAAAGUUAUUAUCAAUUGUUAUUAAUAUACUAUCGAAAUAAGUCUUUAAAAUUGCAGGUUGACGAUGAACCAUCUGGUGAUACGAUAGUACUUAGUGCAACCUUGAAAACCACAAAAUCGG